AUGAAUCCCUUAUUGGCAGCUUCGAACGCGACUCCCGGUGGGGCAGGCGUCGAUGAUGACAAGUUGUCUGAUUAUGUACCCAACUCGAGGGACCUGUCAGUCUCCAGAGCUCCCUCGGCGGUAGCUUCUGACGAACAUCAUAUAAAUACCGCACCUCAGACACCCGAACCAGAGCAGGAACAGGACAGCGAAGAUGAAUUGGAGGAUGAACAAUUUGAUGAAGAUGAUUUGAUGAAUGGAUCGUCGAGGGCAGCCAAGAAGGCCGCCCAGUCAUCGGCGCGUAAGGCUGCCAAUGCAGAGAGAAAAGCCCAAGUGGCUGAGAUCGGUAAAAAGAGGGGUGCGAUGGAACAAGCAAAGUUCGCCGAUUCGAUCAAGCGAUUUCAGUAUUUACUCGGCCAGACUGAACUAUUCCAGCAUUUCAUUGAUCUCAAGAAACAACGUGAACCUGAGUUCGCCAAGAUGUUGGACGAACAAAUGGCUAAUCAGAGUGGGAAAGGGAAGAAAAAAGCAAAUGAUCAUCGACAUCGAAAAUCUGAAAAGGAGGAAGAUGAAGAAUUAUUGAAGGACGAAGAUGCAGAGGACGAAGCUUAUGUCUUUGAAGAAAGUCCUCCUUAUGUCAAAGGUGGUAAGAUGAGAGAUUACCAAGUCCAGGGUUUGAACUGGAUGGCUUCGUUACAUCAUAAUGGUAUCAAUGGUAUCUUGGCCGAUGAAAUGGGUCUCGGCAAAACCCUUCAGACCAUCUCUUUCCUCGGAUACCUCAAGUUCCAUCAGAAUAUCCCGGGUCCUCAUCUCAUCGUCGUACCCAAAUCAACAUUAGACAACUGGUAUAGAGAAGUGAACAAAUGGGUACCUGGCUUCAACACUCUGGUAUUACAAGGUACCAAAGAGGAAAGAGCCGAUCUCAUCAACAAACGAAUCCUUACUCAAGACUUCAAUGUCCUCAUCACUUCAUACGAAAUGUGUCUUCGAGAGAAAUCUACUCUUCGAAAGUUCAGUUGGGAAUACAUAAUCAUCGAUGAAGCUCAUCGAAUCAAGAAUGUCGAUUCGUUGCUCAGUCAGAUCAUCCGAACUUUCACAAGUAGAGGUAGAUUAUUGAUCACCGGUACACCCUUGCAAAACAACUUGCAAGAAUUAUGGGCAUUGUUGAAUUUCAUCUUACCUGAUGUCUUCUCCUCGAGCGAGGAUUUCGAUGCGUGGUUCAAGACUAAAGAUGAUUCGGAUUCCGACGCAGUCGUUAAACAGCUUCAUAAAGUGUUGAGACCUUUCUUACUUCGACGUGUCAAAGCGGAUGUGGAACAUUCUCUGUUACCGAAGAAAGAAAUCAACUUGUAUGUAGGCAUGACAGAAAUGCAAAGGAAGUGGUACAGAAUGUUGCUAGAGAAGGAUAUAGAUGCGGUCAAUGGUGCUUCGGGCAAGAAAGAAGGAAAGACAAGAUUAUUGAACAUUGUCAUGCAAUUAAGAAAAUGCUGUAAUCACCCUUAUCUUUUCGAUGGAGCUGAACCUGGACCACCUUUCACCACUGAUGAACAUCUCGUUGAUAAUGCCGGUAAAAUGGUCAUCCUUGACAAAUUGCUCAAAAACAUGAAAGCCAAAGGGUCGAGGGUAUUGAUCUUCUCCCAGAUGAGUAGAGUGUUAGAUAUCUUGGAAGACUAUUGUCAAUUCCGAGGACAUCAAUACUGUCGAAUUGAUGGUAACACACCACAUGAAGAUCGUAUCUCCGCUAUUGACGACUACAACGCGCCAGGAAGUGAGAAAUUCGUCUUCUUACUCACUACUCGUGCCGGUGGUUUGGGUAUCAAUCUGGUCACCGCGGAUAUCGUUGUUCUUUUUGAUAGUGAUUGGAACCCUCAAGCGGAUCUUCAAGCGAUGGACAGAGCGCAUCGUAUUGGUCAAACUAAGCAGGUCUAUGUGUUUAGGUUCAUCACCCAAGACGCAGUCGAAGAACGUAUCCUCGAAAGAGCUACUCAGAAACUCAAGCUUGAUCAGAUGGUUAUACAGGAGGGCCGAUCACAACAGGCUCAAAAGGUUGGUCAAAACAAGGAUGAGCUGCUUGAUAUGAUCCAGCAUGGUGCUGAGAAGAUCAUCAACAACUCUGCCAGUAUGUUGAUCGAUGAUGAUAUCGACGAAAUCAUCAAACGAGGUGAAGAAAAGACUGCCGAGCUCAACAGUAAAUACGCUGGUCUGGACCUCGAUGCUUUGAACAACUUCAAGUCGGAGUCGAUGGUGAAUACCUGGGAAGGAGAGGAUUAUGCUAACAAGAGAGGAGGUAAGAACCUCAUCUGGAUUGAACCGGCAAAGAGAGAAAGAAAGAACAAUUAUUCGAUCGACCAGUACUACCGGGAUCAACUUAACACCAGCGCCCCCAAAUCUGAUAAACCCAAGAUCUCCAGACCACCUAAACAGGUCAAUAUCAAUGAUUUCCAAUUUUACCCACCUCGAUUGGUAGAACUGCAAAAUAAGGAAUUUGACGCUCACAGGAAGUCUCUGAAUUACGUGGUGCCCUCGCGAGAACCUGAGGAGGGUGAGACGGCCGAACAGGUCGAAGCGGAACGUGCGGAAGAGCAAGAUAGGAUUAACAAUGCUGAACCCCUGACUGAGGAGGAAUCCGCUGAAAAAGAUACGUUGGUUGGAGAAGGUUUCCCCGACUGGCAAAGAAGACACUAUCAAGCUUUCGUUCGAGGAGUCGAAAGAUUCGGUAGAGAUGCUUUGGAUAAGGUCGCUUUGGAGAUCAGUGAUCAUACGGAAGAUGCUGUGAGGGAAUAUGCGGCGGUAUUCUUUGAGAGGUAUAAAGAGUUGAAAGAUUGGGAAAAAGUGAUGGAACGUAUUCGAAUAGGAGAAGAUAAGAUUCGUGAACAGCAAGAUCGAAUUGACGCCCUUCAUCGCAAAGUGAAAGCUACCAAAUUCCCCUUACAGGAAUUGAAGAUUACGUACGGACAGAAUAAAGGUAAAACGUACUCAGAUGAGGAGGAUAGAUUCUUGUUGGUUAGGAUGCACCAUCAUGGGAUUGAAAGAGAUGAUUGUUAUGAGUUGAUCAAGAGAGAUAUAGGAGAAUGGCCUUUGUUCAGAUUCGACUGGUUCUUCAAAUCGCGUACACCCGACGAACUGAAACGACGAGCCCACACCUUGUUACUAUGUGUGAUGAAGGAGGAAGAAAAGGAAGAUGAUAAGAAACCUGCUAUCAAAGGUGGUAAGAAACGACCCAUAGAUGAAUUGAAAUCUGGUCCGGGGUCUAGGGAUACCACGCCUAGUAGUGUGGGUGGGCAGAAGAAUAAGAAGAAGAAAGUGUAA